AUGGAGCAAGAAACCGCGGACAGCAUAGUGGCGGCGCUAAAGCUAGCUAUCGAAGAGCAAGGUUCUACCAUCGGAAAGUCCAUUGAUGAGCUGAAACGAUCUGUUGAUUUUCUCUCGGCAGAGGUGAAGGUGCAGCACCAUAACGACACUGCGGCGGUUGACACAGAGGUCCACCUGCUGAAAGAGUCCUUCGACCUGCUGCAGACUCUGAAGACUGACGACAAUGGACUGGCCAGCUUCAAACUCAACACCAGCCUCUUCCAGGGCUCCUUCACUGUCAAGGCCAGUGUCUAUAAGAUGUACACCCACACCCUCAUGAGGCCGCACUUCGCCCUGGCCUCGCUGCAUCUGACAGAGAUCCAGCAGACGUCGCUCCACACCAGGACCAGCUCUUCUCUGGAGGUGCAGGCUGAGGACCGGCCCCUGGUCUGCGGGGCCCAGGAGACCCUCAACCUCAGCUACAGCAUCGUUGGUGAGGGCCAGGGCCAGCUGCACAUCAUCUACCUGCUCUUGUCCAGAGGAAACAUCGUCAAAUAUGGACAGUACUCCAACUACAUGGACACAAGUCAGGACCUUUCUGUGGCGGUCGGCAGCGACAGCAGCCAAUCAGCCGAGCCCAAACGCCACCAUCAGGACAGCAGCCAAUCAGAGGAGCCCAAACGCCACCAUCAGGACAGCAGCCAAUCAGAGGAGCCCAAACACCACCAUCAGGACAGCAGCCAAUCAGAGGAGCCCGUGUAUGAACAGGGCGACUGCUGA